GGGAUCUAAUCUUUGACAGAGGGGAGGAAAGGAAAACCCCCCUUUCACCGCUACCACCUUUUUCCUCCUCCUCGGACCUCUGCUCUCUUCUGGAGACACGAGUUUCUCGCACAUAAAGGGAUGCUGCAUGUUCCCGAGCCACACUUGCACUCAGAGGGAACCUAAAGUGGGACCGGAGCGGAAUUACACUUCAUCUGAUGCAAGCGCACCAAAACGGACACUUGUGGUGACUGGAGGAUCAGCGCGCUCCAUAAAAUGAUCCCAAUCGGCGACGUGAUGCCAUGUCGCACCUCGUCUGAUGUUUGACACAUUUGAGGAGCGACUAAAAGAACUGGAGGAGGACAUUACGAAGUCAGAGAAUUCAUCCCGAGCCCCCGCUGGUACCUUUUUACUGGAGUCCGAGCAACAGAUCGCCGUCCAGAUGCAGUUUCGACUCUUCUCAUUUGCCCUGAUCGUUUUGAACUGUAUGGAGUACAGCAACUGUCAGGCGCCGUCGCACCGCUGGAGGAGAAACAAAAGAGCUAGCUAUGGAGCGUACCCCGUCUGUAAAGGCUGCUCGGUGUGCUCCAGGGACAACGGCUGUGUAAACUGCCAGCCCAAACUCUUCCUGUUUCUGCGGAGGGAGAGGAUGAGGCAGUACGGGGAGUGUCUUCAUGACUGUCCAGCCGGAUACUACGGCAUGCGCAGCCCCGAACUCAACAUGUGCUCCAGGUGCAGGAUAGAGAACUGCGAGUCCUGCUUCAGUAAAGACUUCUGCACCAAGUGCAAGUUGGGUUUUUACCUACACAAAGGGCGCUGCUUUGAUAAGUGCCCCGAGGGCUUUGCUCCGCUGGAGGACACUAUGGAGUGUGGAGAGGGCUGUGAGGUGGGCCAGUGGAGCGAAUGGGGAGCCUGCACCAGGAGAAACAAAACCUGCGGCUAUAAGUGGGGUCUGGAGACCCGGACACGGCACAUUGUAAAGAAACCACCCAAGGACACAAUACCCUGUCCCACUAUCGCUGAGUCCAGGAUGUGCAAAAUGGCCAUGAGGCAUUGCAGGAGAGGUGGCUCAGGGAAGCACCGUGCCAAAGAACCAAAGAAGAAGAACAAGCAAAGACUGCGGUUUCGGGCCCAGAACCAGCACAGUGACCACUUGGCCUCUGCGCGCUCCAGCCAGUGAGAGCUGAAACUACCCAUUGAACAAAGAACCAACGCAAAGCUGCUAGACGCUGCUGCACCCAUAUUCU